GAUUCAAGUCAAUUUGUGAUUCCGUCCAAGCGAUUGGACUUUCCAUUGACGUCCAUCAUUGUCAAACGCGUUCUUUUACAUUGGCUAAACUUCGACGUUUCAGUAGGCAGGAAAGAUUGGUAAGAACUGAUGCCAGUCAUUUGGAGGCGGUCAUCUGAACGAACAACGUGUAUUUUGAUUGAUCAAGCAGUAUAAUCCUUGAAAAGCGAUUGGUCACGUCUCAGCGGGGUAGGCGGGGAUUACAGGGCGGUGCCCGGUCUGCCGAGGAUGAAAAUGGCGCCUUGAGGGGGGUCCGUACCGCUGCCGAUUCCUUUCUAGCAGGCUAUUUUGAAAGGUCUGUAGAUUAACAAAACGGUCUAAGACUGGAGAAUUAAAGGAACUGGAGGACGGACAGUGACCGUCCUGUCAAUUACAGUAGAGAAUGUGUGCAUGAAAAGACUUGAGAUAGUCGCCCAACCCAGACGACAGUGAGAAUAUGUGGUUUUAGGGCACUGGGACAAGCCUAAGCGGAGGUGGGGGGGCAUGCCGAAUCAGAAUGGUGGAACCAGGGAAGGGAAAGAGAUGGGCUUAGGAUUGUAAAGAGAAGAAAAAAUGGACUGAGAUAAUGCUGCCUCUAACCUUGGACAGAUGAACAGCACAAAGGUACAGUAGAGAAAAAGAGAUAGAUGACUGUAAGUGAUGGAGGAAAUUCACAAGACUAUCAGGUUAAUAAGGCAGGCCUAGCAUUUCAAACCUUUGGACUUAACAAGCAAGUUUCCUGAAGUAUCAGUACUGUAUUCAGAUGUACUGAGAAUAAAAUAUAAUUGGUGGGGGUGCAAGGGAUGAUGACAAUCCUUUGCUGUGCUUUUAGAUUGCUUGCUGCAAAUACAGUACAAAUACUGUAUUUGCACAAUGAUUGUUUUUAAAUUAAUCCAGUUUAGACUUCAAUGUGCUUAGUUUAGAAGCACAUAGAAGUCUAAGCUAGUCAUAGAACCCCCUCAAUUUAACUGACCUCAGUUUAGUUUACUUUGAAUGCAAAAUCGAUUCAUAUACUGUAUACUGCUGUGCAUGUCCCAAUUGCUAUUGUAUGCAUGCUUCAGAUGCGUAAAACAUGCGUAUAUAAAAUCCUGUUCAGAUUUUGAUUAUUCUGCUUUAACUUUGUUUAUAAUAUAAUGCUCAACGCAACACAUUGAAACACAAAUUAGCCAACUGUAGUUUGGGGCAGUGUGUUCUGCAGACCUAACCAAUGGAAUUGAAAAAGAAAUUGUGGUCCAUAGGAUCCUAAAGAAUAACCAGAAGAAAACAUCUUCCACUAAAGAUGUAGCACAGAUCGCGGGGCUAAAUGCUUGGUAUGUUGAAUUAGAAGUCUUUGUUUACUCUUCAGAGAUCAGUACUAUGCAGCCAGUUAAAAAGACUAAACAAUCUAGCAACAAGGCAUGUUUUAUUGUACUAUGUGAUUGUUAUUACAGUUAUUGGAUAUGAUUCUGAUUUGCAAUGGUGAUUAACCUUUAGGUAAAUCCUAAAUUUAUUAUAUUGGAUCCCAUCUUUAAAAUAUUUUUUCUGAAUUAUUUCAAGGAUAAGAUUAAAUAAAUAACUGCAAAGACAAUAAAAAAGACAAAUUACAGGCAAAUAAAAAAGAAAGGAAAAUAAGAAAGUGUGCACAAUGUAUACAGAGAAUCAACAUUAAAUAAACACACAUAAACCUUUAAAAAUAUUUUUUGUGAACAUUUAAUUUGUGAGUUGGGCUGAGAGAGUGAGUGGUCUAAAGUGACACAGCUUUCUAAGAGUGAUUGGUCCAAAAUGAUGAAACUGGUCUAAAGGAAGCUUAGAAUUGAAGUUUCCUAAUUUCUACCCAAUAUCUUAACUACUAAUCCAAAUUGGCUAUAGGUCCUAAAUCACAUAAAAGACUUAAAAGCAAGUUUUGACUCAAAGAGAAAAAUCCCAGCCACAAGUAACUCAAGUAUUUUUAAUGUCAAAUUUAAAAUGUUUUAUUUAUAUUUUAUGCUAAAGUCCCUACUUCUUAGGGAAAAGGGGUGAAAUUGUGGAAAAAGCAGAAUAAGAUUUACCAGCGAUGCUAAAUGGAGUGGGGCAAAUAGAAAGUUAAAUAUAAAGAAAAAGAAUGGAUACUCUGAAAGCGUUUAGUAAUAUUCCUCACCCUCCUUAAAAUGCAUACCCAUGUACUCUAGUGUAUUUUAACUUGGCAAAAUGUAACUGAAAAAUUAUUCAACUCAUUAUAUACUCUUACAAACAAUCAUUUUAUCUACAUUCUUCUAUACUGGUAUGACUAUAUCCAAAUUUUAGGGGGGGGGGGGGGAAUGGUGACUACGAGGCUGUUUGACCAAAUGUAAGGUUUUCACGAAGCCAAAAUGUCCAGCAGCUUUCAAAUCAUGGCCUUGUUUUAAGAUGGCCCCCAUAAGGAUAGCUGGGACAUAUAAUUUGGCCCCCACUCAUGCUAGACCAUCGUGAAUAGUACAAUCAUUUGAGUGGGUUAAAAACCAACCAUCCAAUUUUAAAGCUUCCUUUAACUAUAAGGUUAGAUCUUUUGAAAGGUUUCUGGGCUCUGGUGACCAAUGGAUCAGCCAGUUGCUUUGUAGGAACAAUACGACAUCAUUUCUGGGCGGACACUUAUAUUGGGGCAGUCUAGCUAGAGUGUCAGCCAUAAAUUUUUUUCCCCCGGCAGGUACUUCAAUUAAAAAUUAAACCGCUUAAUAUAUUGUGCCCAAUGAAUUUGCUUGGGAGACAAUUUUCGAGGGGUUUUCAGGGCCUCUAAGUUUUUAUGAUCCAUCCACACCUCGGGUGUUUUGCUCCUUUGACAAAAUGCCUCCAAGUUAAUGCCCAUCAGACAGUAAACACUUCUUUUUCCCAAAUAGCCCAUCUCCUUUUGGUCUCAGUUUUCAGGAGGCCCAAUUAUUCUUCCCUCCCCCGUUUCUACGGCAGCUGGAAAGAGACAAGCAGAAGAAAAUUCUUGGAGGCUGACAGUUGUGUUUAUUUCUUUCAAGAAAAUGAGUUCAAAAUACUGCUUUCUGGGAUUUAAGGAUCUCAGUAAUGAUGAUUCCUCGAAUUAAAAACUUGGGACUUUAGCAUAAAAUAUAAAUAAAAUAUUUUAAGUUUUUAAAAUGACAUUAAAAGUUUGUGGCUGAGGUUUUUCUUUCUGAACUCAAAAACUUGCUUUUAAGUCCCUAAAUCCUUCCUCACUGGUUGAGUGAUAUUUAACCUUGAUCUUACAAAUAAGAAUUUGCUAUAAAAGGUAGUCCUCGAUUUACAACAGUUUCGUUUAGGGACUGUUCAAAUUUAUAACAGGAUUGAAAAAAGUGAUCUAUGACCAUUUUUUCACGUGUUUCCCCCCAAAAUAAGACCCUUCACCUCACUUGCACGCGUUGCUCCCGGCCUCCUUUCUGCUGUCAGAGGCCUUCAGGAACUUCUUCAGCUGGCAAGAAAAACAAGGCUUUCCUUCAGGAAAGGCCCCUGUAGCUGAUAACAGAGCUUCAGUAAAGUCUUGCCAGCUGCAGAGGAAAUGGGUCAAGGUGUGCGAGGCCUGGCUAUAACUAUCUGAAGGUAAGUAGUAGGGGAGUCCACCCCUCCAUCCCCACCCUAGCUUAAUUUUUACCCAUGUAACCUGGAGUGGGCGAGGUCUUUAGGGCUUAUUUUGGGGGUAGGGCUUAUAUUGGGCGCAUGUAAAAAUCAAGGUAGGACUAACUUUCCGAAUAGGUCGUAUUUUCGGGAACACGAUAUUACAGUAUCCUCAUGGUCUUGUGAUCAAAAUGGAGACAUAUUGCAAUUGACUACAUUAUGGUUGCAGUGUCCUGGGGUCAUGUGAUCAUCUUUUGUGAUCUGAGUGGCAAGGUCAAUGGGGAAACCAGAUUCAUUUAACAGUUGCUAACUUAAUAACUUCAAUAAAUUCACAUAAGUGUGGCAAGAAAGAUAAAAUAGGGCAAAACUCACUUAGCAACAGAAAUUUUGGGCUAUGGUAGUUGUAGCUCAAGGACUACCUAUAUUAGAGCUCCUGGUAUGGGCUUUCAGCACACCAUGUUUAAUCUAAACUGUGAAAGCCAUCUUGCACUAUGAAUGUAAAUUAGAACAUAGAAAAUCCUAUCAAAAAUAAGUUAUAAUUUUUUUUUAUUCCGUUGUCCUUUUGAAAGCCUAUGAACCAACAUUUCAGUUUAUGUCACAUGGACAUUUAUGUCACAUGAACAUUGACAUAACAUGAACAGUAGUUGUAAGACCCCCAGAGUUAUUUAAAAUGGGUAGCCAUACAAAUCUUAUUAUUUAAAUAAACAAAUCUAUCUAGAAACCGAAUUGCCUGUUAAAAGUAAUGAUCAGAGUAGGAUAUUUUUCUCUUUCUCAUCCUCUUUUAAAACCUUAUCCCAUUUUGCCUAAUCUUAUGAAAUUGGUAGAAUGAGUCAUAGUUACCAACUUUACAUUUGCUUCCAUUGAAAGGGUAACAAUUGUUGAUGAAGAACUAUUGAUGAAGAUGGCAAAUCUAGAUGAAAUGUGUUCCUCUAGAUUUGCCAUCUAGGAUGUCUGUGCCUAUUGAAGGAACUAAUUGUAAUUUUGGUUGUAUUUCUUAUAAACAUGCUUCUUUUAUGGAUGUAGGAAACAUUGGUGAGCCAUUUUAUUUUUAUAGUCUACUUGGAUCCAUAUUGAGCCUUCUACUUGUGGCUUUGCUAAUUGAUCAACAUCACUCUUUAGUAACUGAACUACUUUUUUGAAGAACUAAAUGGGUACUGGGUAGGCUAAUACUUGAUAUGGACAAGUAUGGUGUUAUUAGGGUGGUGGAGGAGAAGAGGUAAUUCCAAAUGCACAGGGAUAUUUGCAUUCCCCAUUUCCUUCAUUUUGAUAAUCAUCAUCUCUACGUUUCAAAUUUAUCUCCACAACUGUAAAAUCUAGUUAUUUGCUUUUGGAAUAUUUUCCAUAUACAGAAUUCCAUGAAUAAGUUGUCAUAAUUAGAAUGUAAUUGCUGCUUAGGAAUUUAAAAUAGAUAUUUGUAAAAUGUGUCAAAGCCAAUAUUACUAUUUUUUUAGUUUAUUACAUGCAACAAAUGUGUAAGCACCAUAAAACAAUGCAUAUAUUUUUAUAUUGAUGCUCAUAAUUUGUAAAAACUUUUGCUUAAAUUCUGUCUUGCAGUUAUUUGGCUGAUUGUUUCUAUUAUGAGGUAGCAGAAGAUUUAGAGACAGUAUGGCUGCCACUGCUGCGGUAAGCCCCAGUGAUUACUUACAGCCUGCUGCUUCAGCAGCUCAGGAUUCUCAGCCAUCUCCAUUAGCCCUUCUUGCAGCCACAUGUAGCAAAAUUGGUCCUCCAGCUGUAGAAGCAGCAAUUACUUCUCCGGCUCCUCCUCAGCCUGCCCCUCGGAAAUUGGUUCCUAUUAAACCUGCUCCGCUCCCAUUAAGUUCUAAUAAGAACAGCAUUGGAAUCCUAUCGUCAAAAGGAAAUCUCUUUCAAAUCCAAGGUUCCCAACUGGGGACAUCAUAUCCUGGUGGACAGCUAGUAUUUACAAUCCAGAACCCAACUUUAAUCAGCAAAGGAACCCGCUCUCCUGCCAAUAUCCAGUAUCAGACGGUACCACAGAUCCAAACAGCAUCAGGACAGACGAUUCAGGUGCAGCAAAAUUUGGGCAAUCAAAUACAGAUUAUUCCCAGCAAUAUCACCCCUUCUUCUUCCUCUUCAUCAUCGUCGUCCUCUACUUCAGCUCAUAAGCCUGUGCCAAUAAAGCCAGCUCCAGCUCAUAAGUCAUCAGCAUCCAGUCUCCACAACGCAAGUAGUGUUGUCAAGUUAACUGGCACCAGUGGCAAUGUUACACUUACUCUUCCAGUGAGCAAUCUUGUAACUGCUGGGGAGACUAGUUCUCAAAGUCAAGUUGUGCCCGACAGCCCCUCUAAACCAAGCAGAAAAUCCCGAAAGAAAAUGGUAUCACAAGCUCAGACAACUGCAAUGGCUAUGGCAGAGCAAGUGGAAACAGUCUUAAUAGAGACUACAGCUGACAACAUUAUCCAGGCAGGGAACAAUCUGUUGAUUGUGCAGAGUCCUGGCUCUGGGCAGCCAGCUGUGGUCCAACAGGUGCAAGUAGUUCAGCCCAAACAAGAGCAACAGGUAGUUCAGAUACCACAGCAAGCCCUACGGGUAGUCCAGGCAGCUUCAGCCACACUCCCUACAGUUCCCCAAAAGUCCCAACAAAACUUCCAGAUCCAGACAACGGAGCCAGUUCCCACUCAGGUCUAUUUUAAGACACCUACUGGUGAACUACAGACAAUCCUGCUCCAAGAAGCCUCAGGAGGGGGCCUAAGUAUGGGCCCUGCCCCUGCGGUCUCCUCAGCCACAACCUGCAGCAGCCCUGUACCCCGCAGUUCCCAGUCAGGGGGGAGUACCAAAAAGACAGGGGCUCGUAAAGAGCGUGCUCUGCCAAAGAUUGCCCCUGCUGGAGGCAUCAUCAGCCUGAAUGCUGCCCAGCUUGCUGCGGCUGCCCAGGCAAUGCAAACUAUCAGCAUCAACGGUGUGCAGGUUCAAGGUGUUCCUGUUACCAUCACCAAUACCGGAGGCCAACAGCAGUUAACAGUGCAGAAUGUUUCAGGCAACAAUCUAACCAUCAGUGGCCUGAACCCUACCCAAAUCCAAUUGCAAAUGGAACAAGCACUCUUGGGGGACCUGCAGCCUGGGGAAAAGAGACGGCGAAUGGCUUGCACUUGUCCGAAUUGCAAGGAUGGGGAGAAAAGGUUGGGGGAUCAAGGGAAGAAGAGGCACAUCUGCCACGUGCCUGAAUGUGGAAAGACUUUCCGCAAGACUUCCCUUCUGCGGGCCCACGUACGUUUACACACAGGCGAGAGGCCUUUUGCCUGCAAUUGGGUCUUUUGUGGAAAAAGAUUCACACGCAGUGAUGAACUGCAACGGCAUGCCCGAACACAUACAGGUGACAAACGUUUUGAGUGUGCCCAGUGCCAAAAGCGCUUCAUUAGGAGUGAUCAUCUGACAAAGCAUUAUAAAACCCACUUAGUCAUCAAGAACUUGUAGGUUGGGAUGCAAGCAGGAAAAGUAAGGAAGCAGUAUGGUGAUGAGCCACUUUUCACUCCUCAUCAUGAAAGAUGGUCUCUGCAAAGGACAGAAAAAAAUAAUUGUCCUGACUGUGUGACUGUUUUCCCAGCCACAUCUGCCCAAGGAAAAAUGGAAUGGUUGCUGCUCCUUCAAUCAAACUGCCUUCAGACUGGCAUACUCCUUUGGAACUUCUUGAUGAAUGCAUCAGACUUCAAGGUUUGAACCUGAGAUGGAAGAGCAAUGCCAUUUCCAAAUAUGCUAAAAUCAGCACAAACCCAGUGGCAGACCUAGAAAAGCACGGCAAAACCCAUUUAUGCACCUUCCUCAGGAGCUUGCAGAGCCAAGGCCCUCCUCUGCUGCACCAAAGGAACUCCUUAUGGGUUUGAGAGUAGCACCAGCAAAACCGUACCCCACUUAUAAUUUGGGUUCCUCUUCCCACUCGCUCCCAUGUGCUUGUGAAGCUUUUGAAUGAGAGGCAGGGAAACCAUCCAAAAUGGGACUCAGUCCUCCUAGCACAUUCCUACUUUAUAUUUAAAAAUAUAAAUAUAUAUAUAUAUAUAUAAAUAUAUAUAUCUAUAUAUAUAUAUACACACACAUAUAAAAUAACCUCCUUAGGAAGCUUCAUGUUUUUUCUACGGAGAAUGUUGCCUUAUAUUUACCCCAGGUUCAAAUUAUGUAUUGUGAGCGUUUUUUAAUUUAAUAAUUUCUUUAUAAACAAAACAAUCCUUUGCCCUACCUAACAGAGCAGGGAAAGCACUCUGUCAAAACGCAGAGUCUGUGACCUGACCAUGGUCUAUAAACUAGAUAUGCCCUGUGUAUAUUACAGGGAUUUCUAGAGUAUGUGUAGCAGCAGCACUUUGUUCAAGGAAGGAAGAGCAUCUCCCAUAUAUAUAUAUAUAUAUAUAUAUAUAUAUAUAUGAAGCAGAGCUGUGGGACUGUAGCCCACAAAUCCUGAUGUACAUAGUAAAAAGUGCGGGCAAAAGCUAUGUAUGAGCCAUAUGGAAAAUCUAGGGCAACCUGUUUGCAAUUCUGAAUUACUUGGUUACAAAAAUAGAGUUAAAAGUCCAGUGCGGAUUUGCACUGUCAAGUUCUAUUGGUCAUUAUUAAUGAUUUGGUGUGUGAAAUGAAAAAAAUCCUUUUCAAAAAUGGAAUAUUCUCAGUCCCCCCUCCCCUUUUUUAUUUUGUUUACUUCACUUGAUUCCCCCUGCCUCUUUUUUUUAAAUAUCCAAUGCAGCUCUUUUUGUGUACUAUAGUGUAUAUUGUAUCAUAAACUAUAUAUUGCGUUUAAGUGUUUGUUUGUUUCAAAAAUAUACCUUUUGUUAUUUUUGACCUUUUAAAUUAAAACAAAAAUCCAUUUUAUUUUUUAGUUGUAACUGCUUGGCUAUGUUUCUUUAAAUGACAAAUCAUUCUUGUUUUCAAUUAAUUGGUGUAACUUGGCAGAGCUGCAUGUAGCUUGCCUAAAAGGGAGUGCUAGAUUGAAGGAGAACCAUGCAUUUCUUGAUGAACUGAAAUGUUAGAAUCUCAUACUGAACCAUCAUUUGAGAACAAAAGAUUAUUUUUCUUAAGACGAAAGAAUGGGAAAAUGGGUCGUUUAGGUGGCUUGUUGACAAUAAAAAUGUAAAAGAGAAGUAUUUUUACUCCUUAAAGACUGCUCAAAGGCAUUUUCAUGCUCAGAUUGUUUUGUCAUGCAGAUAUAAAAAGUUGGUCAGAA